CUGAAACGCGGUUCCUUUUCGGUACGAGGGAAGCGUAUUUUGGAGUGACCAGAAGACAGCGAGACGCAACAACUUCGUUGCUUACUAUCAAAAUGGCGAUGUCUAGAAUAUUUCCUCUGGUUUUGACCCAUCGGCGUCUUCCAACACUCAUGGGUACUGGUGCGGUGCUGGCUUCUUCGGGAUUCAUGAUGGUGCAUUCUACCACGACAAAAACACAAUGCACCGAAACAAAUGAACUUCUUUUGAAACCUACCGAGUCUCCUUCGUUGUUGAUCCCAACAGCGGAGGCAUCUCUUCGAGCGAUGCGACUAAUAAGCACUGCGUUUCGAAUCAUUCUGGAUUAUCAAGUUGCCAAGGUUGAAACUCACAUGCCGUUUUCUUCCCUAAACAAAGAAGAAUGUGAAAUAAAAGAACUGGAGGCCGAAAUUGAGAGAAGAGAACUCAAACUAGAGGAGCUUCAGAUCGAAUACUCUCGUGGAACGGGAUCAAACGAGGCGACUCGGAAACUUUCCGUAGAGGAACGAAUAGAACUACAGAAUAAACAAAAAACGCAGAUACAAGAAGCUGCAGCCGAGCUAGCAGCCGUAGAGGAGAAAUGGAUGACGAGAGAAGAUCUUUCGAGCAAGAGCCGCCUCAAUCGAAAAUCUGCGGAACGCUUGCUCAAUCUUUGUCGCGAGAACGGCGGAGUUUACAUCAAGGUGGGCCAACACCUGGCGAAUCUAGACUAUCUUAUCCCCCGCGAAUACAUCGAAGUCCUCUCCUCUCUUUUCAACGAUGCACCCCAAUCGGACAUAAACGAUGUCUAUAGUGUCAUUGAAGAAGACCUUGGUCACAAAGCCGAAGACCUAUUCGAUGAUUUUGACCCGAUACCAAUCGCUUCUGCAUCGCUUGCACAAGUCCAUGUUGCCUACUGUAAGAAAACUAAAAAGAAACUAGCCGUCAAAGUUCAGCACAGAGGUCUGCGAGAGACCUCGGCGGGCGAUUUGUUUGCCGUGACAAGGGUGGUUCGCGCGAUCGAUUCUUUGUUCACUGAUUUUACGUUUGGCUGGAUCGCAGACGAAAUGGCUCCGCUGCUCCCUAAAGAACUGGAUUUUCAGCGAGAAGGCAGAAAUUCCGAGCAGGCCGCUGCCGAUGUUCGGAAAAGCGGCCUAGCGUGUUGCAUUCCAAAAGUCGUGUGGGAAAGGACGUCACCGCGUGUGUUGACCAUGGAAUUUGAAGAGGGGUUCAAGUCCACUGAUAUAGAAGCACUUAAAGACUCUGGAUUGAACAAGAGGUGAGUUCAAUGAGAGUUUUCCCAAACAUUGAGAAAUACUCGACCAAGGCGACGGCUUUCUCGUCUAUUAUCUCUAUUGAUCAAACACACAUUUUCUCGUCUAUUAUCUCUUAUCAUCGCACACAUACAAAUAAACACACGCUCUCUCUUCUCUCUCUCUCUCCCUUUCUGUCAUAUUCACCACUCUUCCACCCAGCGAUGUCGCCAAAUUAGUCUCUUCUGUCUUCAACUCACAGGUCUUUCACUCGGGCUUUGUGCACUGCGACCCCCAUCCCGGAAAUUGUCUCAUUCGCCGAUCGAAGAACGGAAGGCCCGAAAUGGUUCUGGUAGACCACGGCCUUUACAAGCGUCUCGACGACGACUUUCGGAUAAAAUACGCCGAGCUAUGGAGGUCCCUGAUGAUGGCCGAUCUGGAAGGGAUCAAGAGCGCCUGCUCUGGGAUGGGGGUGAACAAGAUGUACCCGCUCUUUGCCGCAAUGCUUACGGCGCGGCCGUACGACGAGAUCAUCGAGCGGUCCAAGACGGGGUCGCUCUCAGCCCGCACACACGGCGGAUCGUCCCACGAGGUGGGGAGCCAGGCGGAUCGCGCCGUUAUUCGGGGCUAUGCCAAGCAGUUCCUUGGAGAAAUCUUUUCGCUGCUCGGGGUUCUUCCGCCGCAGAUGCUGCUGCUGCUAAAGAUGAACGAUUGCCUCCGCCACAUCGACAUGACCCUCGAAUCUCCCACAAACACGCUGGUGAUUGCCGGAAAGUAUGCUGCAAGUGCGGUGUACAGGGAACAGAUGCGGAGAACGAGCAGCAGCAACAACGAGUUUUCGCUGGCGAAACGGUCGAUUCUGAGGUUUCGGUACUGGCUGGAGUACACGAAGGUAAUGUUUCGAAUCCAAAUUCACGAUGUUGGUGCCUGGAUACUAUCUAAAUAUUACAGCUGUUUGAAUUAUUAGUUUGUUCCUCGAAGCAAAGCAUCUACUUAUCCAACAGAAACCGAC